GAGUGGUUCAAACAUGACUGAGGGGGUACCUUCAGAUCUAUUUCACCUGAUAGAACUCGCAUUUCCAAUAAUUAAAGGAAAGAUUCAAGAUGAAUGUGAAACAGAGAAAGAAUUCUUGAAGUUAAUAGAGAUUUUACAAUACCAAGAAGCACAUGUUGAAGAGAUUAUAAUUCAUCACAUAGAGCGAUAUGUUCGUUGUCAUGUGGCACCAGCAUUCUGGGAAAAGUUUGAGCAAACAGAAGAUGCCGAACGGGGCUUUGAAUUGUUCAAAUCCGCCGUAGAUGGUCUAUAUGCCAGUUUCACAGAAUUUUUGCCAAUUCUGAAAAAACUGGAAUACUUAAGACAGCACAGUGGCAAGAACAGUAUAGAGACAAAAUUCAAUUUUAUUGUGAGAGCAACAUUGCUGAGCCAAUUACCUCUGUGUCAUGAAUGUAUCAUAGGACACUUUUAUAAAAUCGCAUUUAAUGUAUUUUGCAAUAUGGACAACUCGUCGCAAGAAAGAUAUAAUUUUAAAGCAGAUACGCCAACCAGCGAAGAUUCAGUCCAGUGCACGGGAUGCGGCCAGAAGAUGAAGAACUGCCGAUGUCAAAUGAUAGUCUGCAUAUUUUAUGAGACAAAUAGGAAAUUAAUCAAGUUGGAAUUGCUGGAGAAUCUUGUGGGAAACGUACUCACAUCGUUAAUUCACGUUCGUAUUGAAAAUCAUGUAAUCGAAACGUGUGAUAAUAAGACGUUCGAUGUAUCACAACUGGCCCCAUUGGAAAAUUGGCUUGAGAAUGUUGUUAUGAGUUGGCUGAUAAGAAUUUACUCCGGCGGUUUUUCGAUAACGGAAGUGCUUAGCGACGAAGUUUAUAGUACUAUAAACAAGUUUAAACAGAAGUUAUCUCAUUUUCUGUAUGAAACGUAUACCAAGACAAGGAUCGAUAAUCUCUUUAACAUAAUAAUAGAAUAUCCCGAAUCGCAGCCCGCGGUGGACGAUCUGCGAGUUUAUCUAGGAAGAACUGAUCAACGAAAAGUUUUAGUUAAAAAUUUGCAGGAAGCGAUCAAAACGAGGCUUCUACAUGCAGGUGUGAAUACUCCUGAUAUCUUGACUGCUUAUAUCGCCGCGAUUAAAGCGCUCAAGCAUCUCGAUCCCACCGGAGUUCUUUUAGAAGCUGUAACAGAGCCCAUUAAAAGCUAUUUGAGAAACAGAGAAGAUACCGUACGUUCUGUCGUUAAUAGUUUGCUUGAUGAUUCGCCCAGCGGAUUAGCUGACGAAUUGGUGAACGGCGAGUACCUACAGCUGGAUGAUGGUUCAGCGGAAGACGAAACCGAAGAUUGGGAGAAUUGGAUGCCAGAUCCAGUCGAUGCCGAUCCUGCCAAAUCAACACAGCGUAAAGUGUCCGACAUAAUCUCUACACUAGUGAACGUUUACGGCAGCCAGGACUUAUUUGUUAACGAAUAUCGCACAUUACUGGCAGAUAGAUUGCUCUCGCAACUCAAUUAUCAUGCUGGACGCGAGAUACGUCAAUUGGAGCUAUUAAAGAGACGAUUCGGAGAGAAUCAGUUGCAUUACUGCGAAGUUAUGUUGAAAGAUGUUUACGACUCGAAAAGGAUAGAUAGUAACAUUCAUUCUGACACUAGGUACAAUUCGCCGGAGGAACUCUUUCCCACUUCCGCGCUCAUACUGUCAGCACAAUUCUGGCCGCCUUUCAAGGAAGAUUGGAAAUUGAAGUUACCGAGUAUUGUGCAGCUUCAAUUGAAUGAAUACGUGAAGGCAUUUGAGGCCUUGAAAGGAAAUAGAACGUUGUGCUGGAAACCUCAUUUAGGGAACGUAAGCCUCGAAAUCGAAUUAGAGGACAGAAAGUUGGAAAUAAACGUCACACCGGUACACGCGACGAUCAUUUUGUACUUCGAGGGUAGAAAUGAAUGGACUUUGCAAGAUUUGGCGGAAGUGAUGCACGUACCGGCGACUGUUCUGCGACGUAAAAUAACAUUCUGGGUGUCACAAGGUCUUCUUAAAGAGUCAUCCAAUGAUGUAUUCGUUCUACAAGAGGAGAGUACGUCCAAGUAUCGUUUAUCGACGGACAUUGUUGAGGAGGAGGAGGCUGAAAGUGCUAUGGCCUCAGCCAGCGAUCAGAGAGAAGAGGAACUACAAGUAUUUUGGUCAUAUAUCGUUGGGAUGUUGACGAAUUUGGAUUCGUUGCCGAUAGAAAGGAUUCAUCAGAUGUUGAAAAUGUUCGCGUCGCAAGGACCGGGUGCUGUCGAAUGCGGUUUACCGGAACUGAGGCAGUUUCUGGAUAGAAAAGUCAGAGAACAUCAACUAUUGCUCUCUGGUAGUUUCUAUCGAUUACCAAAACCGUAAAAAA